AUGGAUUUUCUGUCCCUUCCACUCGAGAUACAAGCUAUGGUUAUUCCCCGCGUAUCAUUAAUUGGUGAUCUGGCCGCUCUAUCGCAGUCAUGUCGGUCAAUACAUCGGCUGUGCGAUAUGAAAACACGCGAGCGGUACUACCAGAUCCGUGUUCACCCGAAAGAUCACAGCAUCAACAAGACUUUUGACCUCAUGAUGGAGAUUCUCAAGAACCCUAAGCUGGGAAACUAUGUACGGGAGAUCGUUCAGACUAGACAGCCCAGUAUGGAUCACAGCUACGUCCAGACUGCAGAGCAACGCACCCUCAGUGCGUGUGACAGAAAUCUCCUCCACGCGGCUGUGCGGAAGGCGGGAUUUGCUGGCCCCCAAGAAACAGCGGUGCUCAACAUGCUUAUGCAAAACACCACGAGGCCUCCAGGUGAAAACAAUGAGUCUCUCAUGUUCUCAAAUUCCGCUUAUGGAUACAACGAAGGUCAGAUUCAUGGCACCUUCAUUGCGCAGGCAUUGGCCGCGAUUCUCAUCUCGGUGUCACCCAAUCUGGAGUCUCUAGUGAUGACACAGCCAUUCAGUGUAUUCUCUGGAUUCUGCAGGGGUGGCGAGAGGCUCCUGGACGAGGAUGACCAUUUCCCCCUCCAUCGAUUUCUCCGUCAGGCCAAUGCGAAACCGACUAGUGCUCCGUAUCUUCAAAAUCUACGCAAGGUGUACAUGAUAGUCGACGAUAAGGACUCGGAUGACCGAUACUACAUGGCCAUCGACUUCUUGGAAUGCGCAACGCUUUUCGACAACCUCCCGUCUAUUGAAUCCAUUAGCACCGAUGCCCUCUGUGACGACGAAAAUUGCGAGGCACGCGUAGUGCUAGAGCCCAGAUCGUCCAAUAUUAGCAGGAUCCGUAUUGCCCACUCUUCCUUGCCUUCAAAAUUCCUUGUCUCUCUUAUUCAGUCCUGCAAAGUACUGCGAGAAUUUCAGUACACCAUCGGUGGUCGGUGCGUGUUAGGAGGUUGGUAUUCACCGUUCGAUGCCAAGACUUUCAUCAAAUCAAUUUACCCGCACAAAGACACACUGGAAAUCCUGGAUAUCGACGCCGAGCGCAAUAUGCACUAUUUCCACCCCGAUUAUUUCGAGCAGGAUCAAGUUGACCAGAGAAUUGACGAAAGAUCGCUCGAAACCGAUGAUGACGAUGAUGAUGAACGCCAAAUGCUCCGGUCCUCCUCAAGUACCAGCAAGUCACUGAAGGAGUUCCGGACCUUAAAGCGAUUGAGUGUUGGCAUCGGCUUUUUAGUAUAUUUUGCCAUGGGUAUCAGAGAAAAUAACGGGCCAAGAAAACCAUUUUUGUUGCCAGAGGUCCUCCCCGAGAGUCUGGAGUACCUUUGCAUUCGGGGGUAUGAGAAAGGGAAGUGCAAGAAGUGGGAUGUGCAUAUUGAUGCCUUGGUCGUGUCAUUUGUCUCGGGCUUGUCGGGACUCAAGGAAAUCACAGGCAUUGAGGAAAUAAUUCCUAAUUCCGAGGAUGUGGAUGAUCCAGAUGAUAACGAAGAUCUUUUGUGGAGUCCUAUAUAUAAUGUUGACGAGUAG